GUCGUCGCAAACAAAAUAAUGCACUCCGCGUAGUUGGCAUUGUUGGAACAGGCGAAAAAACUGAAGUUUACCAAAUUUCAUUUUCAUUUCGGAGAUUCCUCAUCGAAAAUUACUGAGAAUAACUUUAUCUUGCAUAGAUUUGAAUCAUAAUGCAAAAAUGGGAUCUUCGUGUGUAGAGUUUUUAACGAUUGUGAUAACGUUGUUUUUGAGUCAAACACGUGUGCUAGAAAUUCACGGAGAAAUCGUUGUACUGCAGAAUCCAAGAGCGGAAACAAAACUGUCAAGACAAUUGACUUGCAUAUCAGACGACGACGACGAUUCUGCAUUAAUAUGGAACAACUAUAACGGAGCAGUAAAUAGUUUGAGAGAUUUCGAGCCGAAAAAACCGGUCCAAGCGAGCACGUCAAAAUGUGGUCUUUGGAAUUACUCAAAGUACUGCAUUGCACCCUGGGGAAUAACCGGAAAUUGGAAUUUCAUUGAGUCUGGUAUAGAGCCAAUGGGUCCUGUGUUCGACUACCGAUGGGAAGACUUCGAGGAACUGGUCUUCGGUAACCAGUUGAGAAGUCAGGAUUACCAAUACGUCAGAAACGUCGACGGAGAUUCGGGUGCCGUAGUAUUUUCCGUUCGAGGCUCACGCGACGCUUACGUACUUCUUUGCGAAGAUAGAAAUCCAACGAAAGCUCCGUGUUUCUGGAUAGUAAUCGAAGGGUGGAAUACUGCUUCAGCGAUUCUGUCGUGUGCCAACGGAGCACCUCAACCCACGCAAUAUUCCAAGACUGUGAACUGCGUGAGACUGGCCUACCUAGAGCACUAUCGUGCGGAUUACAUUGAUUCUCAAGAAUGGAAUACGUUCGGAUUGAAAUGGAACCGUGAUGAAAAGACGAUCAGCGUUUACAAAAAUACCGACGAUAAGCCAUUCUUGGAAGCGCGUCUUAACCACUGGCAUUCUAUAGCCCACAUGUCGGUCAGAAGUGACAUGGGAACAAGGUUUCGAUUUCACUUUUAUAAUUACUUGUCAACGAGAGUGAGUAACGCGGUUUUAUCCACAUCGGGAUUCGACCAUCAAGGAAAAAAUUUCUGCGUCAAACUGCUGGUCAGUCUUUGUGCCGAAUGCUCAUUGAACGUUACCCUAGUCGAUCAACAAGGCAAUGAUAUACCGAUCGGAACUAUUUCUGGAAUCGAUAAGAAAUCUGUCUACGACGGAAUGCUGUCCUGGCAAUCGUUGAAGCUGACCAAAACUUUGCAGAGUAUCAUCUCUCGACGAUUUAAACUCCGAGCUCGAACUAUUCUCAUCGACAGUACAGAUACCUACACAAAGCACUGGGCGAUCGACAACUUCCGGUUGUGCGAAUCAGACGAAACUACCAGAGAAUCGUCAUUGACGAUUAGUCGAUACAGUACGCAAAGUACUUGGCCAUUGGCCAGUUGUCAAAAGUUAUCGUACACCGAAAGUGUGACGAUCGAUUCCUCGUUGGGAAAAAACGACUGCGAUACGUGUCCACCUGGAAGAGUCAGGAGUCUGAAAACGAUAUCAAUAUCGAGUAACAAUGUUACGAUUCAAUGGAUUCCCCCGUUCCAUAAGGAUGGAAAAAUCGUCAAGUACAGUGUUUUGAUCGAGCAAAACAAUCUGCUGGCCUGCGAGGACCUCAACAGGCAGUCACCUCCUCGGGUAAAGAUACAGCGAAUGGUGACGAAUACGUCAACGUCCUUUGACGAUUUGCAUCCCUAUGCGAAUUACACGGUGACAGUGAGCGCGUACACCACUGAGAAAGGAAUGGAACGAAAACUAGUAUUUCGGACGAAUCCAACGGAAGACAUUUCUCACUCCGCCAUGAUCAGCCACCUACACUUGGACAAAGAAAAACGUCACCUGGAGUGGGACGAGCCCGAAGAUUGCACGACAAUUUUAAGCCCCUACAAAACUGUCGCGUUCUCAUUCGCGAAUGUCAACGAAACGGUGGAAAUUGCAAGGAAGAAUAUACCGAUCAGGGACUUUCAUUAUAGGCUUGACAAGCUUAAUCUAAAACCACACACCGAAUACAGAGUCCGUGCUUACGUCUUGGGAGACGAUGAAACACGCGCAAAUCAAACAAAUUACGAACAACUCGUAUGGGUCACACAGCCAACUGUUCCAUCCCCUGUAACGGAAAUAGAAACGUACGAAGCUGACGUGGAGAGAAGCACGAUAUCCGUAAGAUGGAAACCACCUUAUCCUGCAAAUGGUGAAAUUGAAUCUUACCACGUGAAAGUUACCGAAAGAGACGAACGGCUGAUCAACCGGAGUUUCGAAACCCCGAAAGAAGUAUCGAGGUGCAAGCUGUGGGAAGAAUACGUGUGCCUGGAAAAUAUUACCCUUCGACGAAAUUUUUCAGUCAGCAUAACAGUACAGAUCUCUGCAAAGAACAAAAAUGUCGUCGAGAGUGGAAUCCAGAAGACGGUUGAAUUUCCUUCAAAUCACUGGUUUUCAAGUCACGGCAGCCUACCAAAAAAUUUGAGGGGAAUUUCCAUGGGUCAUGGCAUUGUGAUGCUGAAAUGGGAGCAUCCGAGUCUCCCUCUUUUCAAAAUCACACAAUUCCGUGUGAAGGCUGAUCUCCUAAGUUCUAAGUUACUGAAGACCGACGAAAAGUAUGAGACAACGAUUAACCAUCCGACCAUGGAACGAGAUCGGAAGGAGUACAGUGCGAGGAUUCGCCUCACGACCUCGUCUUCUUUUAAACUUUCGGUAGUGGCUUUGAAUCGGUACAACUUGAGCGGCGAAACCAGCGAGUAUGAAAUUUCGACACCCUUCGGGGCAGCCUUCGCGAUCGGUGAGGAAGUUCGAGUGAAGUGCAACGGUGAGCUAAGCGUUAUAGAAAUUCCGUCAUUGACCAACGGAACGCGUAACACGAUUGUCCAGGUUGUCGGUAAGCCGAUACGGGUAACAUCGCAGCAAAACGAAUCGGAGCAAUCCGGAUUCGGAAUGAAAUUCUUUUCGACGGAAUAUCGACUGAAUGACAGCAUGCCAAAAUCUCUGGCAUUGAACAACAGCUUGCGGAGCUACUGUUUCAAAAAAGUCAAAGAUAGUUGGGCGAUCGUGAUAACCGCUACCGACGGAUUCACCGGAAGUACGAUAAUUCUCGCAAACUUGCAGGAUCCGCAACCGAUCAGCUACGAAGAUAAUCAAUGGUGGACCCGACUUGGAUUGUCGUUACCGCUUCUUAUACUGAUUUGCUUUUGCAGUGCAGUUAUACUUCUCGGUCUGCUCUUCGCUUGGCAUCGGUAA